AUGAAGUUCUCACACUCGCUGCAGUUCAAUGCGGUGCCCGAGUGGCAGUCGAAGUACAUCGCGUACUCGCACCUCAAGAAACUGAUAUACACGUUGCAAAGGGAGAAACUGUACUCGCGUCCAGCUGGUGGGCCAGGGGCUGCGCCAGAUGAGGAGCAACAGCCCUUGCUUGCAGCAGGGGACCCCUACGUGGCACGGUUUGUCGCUGACUUGGAUUACGAGCUGCGCAAGAUAGACAAGUUCUUCAUCUCGCAGGAGACUGGGUUGCUCGCUAACUACAGCGAGUUGAGGGACGACGUCCACGAGUUCGAGUUCGAUUUGGCCACGCAGCGGAGACCGUCGUACGCGGACGGCGUCGCAUCCGCGGGCCGCAGAAGACACCCGCGCAGCGGGUCCCUAUCCUCAGAGGACUCGAUCAACUCGUUCUUCUCGCAGGAGUCUGCAGCGACGGCACCCGGUGCCACGGCACCAGCGGCGGCACUUGCGUCGGGGACAUCCCGCGCGACCAAUUGGGGGUCCCUCUUCGGGUCUGCGUCCUUGGACGACGACAAUUCGCAACUGGAAUUGGACGCCGCCGCGAUUUCGCCCCUUCUCAGACACAAACUCAGUCUCAAGAAACGAAUGAUCGCGAUGUUCACGCAGCUUUCCGAAUUGCGCGAGUUCAUAGAACUCAACCGUACCGGGUUCGCCAAGAUCUGUAAGAAAUUCGACAAGUCCCUCAACACGAACAUCAAGAGAGCGUACGUCGACUCGUUGCCGGACAAAUCGCACGUCUUCAAGGAGGAAACACUCCAGAAGAUCAAAGAUAUCAUCAGCGAGACUAUCGCCGAGUACGCGAAGUUGCAACUCAGGGGGUCCGCGGCAGCACCCUCCAACGACGACGACGACCACGUAAGUUUGCCGGACUACGAGGAGGCGGAGAAGGAAUUGUCCUCGCACUUGCGCGACCACGUCGUUUGGGAGAGAAACACCGUCUGGAAGGACAUGAUGAACUUGGAGAGGAAGUACCAGAACGCAAAGAGGGAGGACACCGCCGUGGGACACACGCACGGGGAGAAACCGUUCAAGGAACUCAUUGAGCAGAGGUCGCUGCGUGACACGGUCAGAGUCCUGCUCAAAUCGCACGCGGCGAUCAAUUUCACAUGGAUCACGCUGUGCUUCCUCGCGCUCGUCAAGUGGAUACACAUUUUUGACGAUCCGCAUCAACAACACUGCUUCGCAAUCCUCCUCUACGCAUCGCUCCUGUGGGCAACAGAGACAAUUCCACUGUUUGUCACCUCUUUGCUAGUCCCCUUCCUGAUCGUGUUGCUCCCCGUAUUGAAGGACCCGGUGACCCACGAUGCAAUGGACGCAAUCCACUCCUCGCAGUACAUCCUCUCGUCCAUGUGGUCCAGCGUCAUCAUGCUACUUUUGGGGGGGUUUACUUUGGCAGCGGCAUUGUCCAAGUACAACAUCGCUAAAGUGCUCUCCACUUACAUCCUCUCCUCAGCGGGGACAAACCCGCAGAUCAUCCUGCUUACAAACAUGGGUGUCGCGCUGUUCGUGUCCAUGUGGGUUUCGAACGUUGCAGCGCCGGUCCUGUGCUACUCAAUCAUCCAACCACUGCUCAGAACACUCCCCUCGCAGAGCUCGUACUCGAAAUCACUCAUCUUGGGGAUCGCGCUAGCGUCAAACAUCGGCGGGAUGGCGUCCCCGAUCGCAUCCCCGCAAAAUAUCUUCUCCUUCGGGAUGAUGUCCCCAACCCCUUCUUGGGGGGAAUGGUUCCUCGUGUCCAUCCCAGUGUGUAUCAUUUCCAUCGUGCUCGUGUGGAUCAUCCUGCUGUUGUCCUUCCCUAGGGACCCCAACGUCAAGAUCUUGCAACUACACCCUCUCAGAGACCCGUUCACCGCGACACAAUGGUUUGUCGCAGUGACCUCCUUGGGGACAAUUAUCCUGUGGUGUAUGUCCAACCAACUAUCCGGCCUGAUGGGGGAAAUGGGGAUUAUUUCGAUUAUCCCCAUGCUCCUAUUCUUUGGUACAGGGCUGCUCAGCUCAGACGAUUUCAACAACUUCAUGUGGACCAUCGUCGUACUGGCAAUGGGCGGGUCUACCUUGGGGAAGGCCGUAUCCAACAGUGGGCUUCUUUCGACGAUCGCAUUGCACGUGAAGCACGUCAUUGAGGACCAAUCGCUCUUUGUGAUCGUGGUCGUUUUCGGGCUCUCCGCCCUCGUCGUCGCCACUUUUGUAUCACACACCGUGGCAGCGAUGAUCCUCGUGCCCCUGAUGGGGGAGAUUGGCGAGAACUUGCCGGAAGAUCACUCGAGGCUGCUCAUCAUGAUCACGGCAAUGCUGUGCUCCUGUGCAAUGGGGCUGCCCACCUCAGGGUUCCCCAACGUCACGGCCAUCUCCAUGAUCGACGAGGUCGGAGACAGGUACUUGAACGUCGCGAUCUUUAUCAGCAGAGGUGUACCUGCAAGUUUGUUCUGCUACGCGGUCGUCGUCACCGUCGGGUACGGUAUCAUGAGACUGAUCGGAUUCUAA